AUGUACCUUACUAAGAUCGAAGCAUCGUUUAAAGAUAACCCAAAGAUGUUUUCGAGUUACUACAAAGCUAUUCUUCAUCCCCGAUCCACGAUAAACUCUGUAAUAACCUUCAACGUUAACAACCUUACAGCAACAUCUCUCAAAGAAAAAGCAGAACUUUUUAAUACAUAUUUCUAUUCUGUCUUUCGACCUGCCAAAUCUACUGAGAUAACAGAAGCGCCCUUAUCUUUGCCAACCUCUGCCUUGUUGUCCGAUUUCUCCAUCUCAGAAGAAGAAGUUGCCGAACAUCUCUCGAACUUGGAUCCAUCCGAAACUCCUGGUCAGAUCUUAAAGCAAUGUAGUUCUGUCAUCGCUCCGUGCCUUUGUUCACUGUUUAAUCAUUCUAUCCAAUCUGGAACUCUACCUUCUGAAUUGAAAUCUGCCAAUGUUACACCUGUUCAUAAGAAAAAUAAGAAGGAACCCGCUAUCAACUACCGACCUAUAUCCCUGCUUUCCAUCAUCAGCAAAGUCCUGGAGCGAUGCGUUUGUCAUCGUUUCUUUGAACAUGUUCAAGAUAAGAUUAAUAAAUCGCAACAAGGAUUCUUUCAUGGUCACUCAUGUGUCACACAACUUCUAGCAACCUUACAACAUAUUGGACACGUUCUUUUUCUUGACUUGCUAAAGCCUUCGUUUCCUUUAAAUUAA